AUGAUGAAAUUGGUCGUUCUCGCUCUUUGCCUUGUGGCUGCACAUGCCUUCGUAAAAGCCCCAUACGGCUAUUACGGAGCCGCCGCUGCCGCCCGUGCCGCCGCUGCUCAACGUGCUGCUGAUGCCGCCGCUGCCGCCCGUGCUGCCGCUGCCGCUCGUGCUGCCGCUGCUGCUCGUGCUGCCGCUGCUGCUCAGGCUGCUGCUGCCGCCCGUGCUGCCGCCGCUCAACGUGCUGCCGCUGCCCAAGCUGCCGCUAAGGCCGAUGCCGCCGCAGCUGCCCGUGCUGCUGCUGCUGCUGCAGCUGCCGCUGUCGUCCAUCCCGUUUACAAGGCUCCACUCUACGCACCUUACUACUACGGCAAGAAGUAUUAA